AUGACGUCAGCAGCAGUAGAGAUGACCGCCCGCACGGACUACCCGAUGACGUCACCGUCGUCCGAAAGCAACGGGACAACACAUGUAUACGACACGUACGACCUCUUCAUCCACCCCCACUGGUACCAGUACGGCCUAAUUUCCCCAGCCUGGCAUUACUCCAUGGGCAUCUUCAUCACCUUCGUCAGCAUCUUCGGCUCGCUGGGCAACGUCUUGGUCAUGUACAUCUUUGGAACCACGAAAUCUUUGCGAACUCCAUCGAACAUGUUCGUCGUGAACCUCAGCAUGAGCGACUUCAUCUUCUCAGUCAUUCAAGGCUUUCCUCUCAUGACCAUCUCCUGCUUCAGCAAACGGUGGAUCUUCGGGAAAGUUGCCUGUGAGUUGUAUGGUCUAGUCGGUGGUAUCUUUGGUCUCAUGUCUAUCAACACCCUUGCCGUCAUUGCUGUGGACCGUUACAACGUCAUCGCCCGGCCAAUAAAAGCGUCCCGUUCCCUGAGCUACAAGCGAGCGUUCUUCAUGCUGCUCUUCGUCUGGUGCUGGUCAACUACCUGGACAAUCCCUCCUCUGUUUGGCUGGGGUGCUUACAUACCCGAGGGUUUCCAGACCUCCUGCGCGUUCGACUACCUGACAAAGAACGACUACUUCCGGUCAUUUAUCCUGUGCCUGUACAUCUUCGGGUUCGCCUGCCCCGUCAUGACCAUCUUUUACUCGUAUUUCCACAUCUACAGAGCCGUGGCUAGACACGAAAAGGAAAUGGGUCAGAUGGCAAAAAAACUGAAUGCAGAAAUCCGCCAAGGUCAGAGCGCCCAGAAAGCGGAGCUGAAAACUGCUCGGAUCGCCAUGACCAUUAUCACUUCGUUCUUGCUCUCCUGGACGCCCUACGCCACCAUCGUCCUCAUCGCCCAGUUUGGACCCACCGAGCUGGUCACGCCCUACGUGUGUGAGCUGCCCAUCGUGUUUGCCAAGGCCUCGGCCAUGCACAACCCGCUGAUCUACUCCCUGUCUCACCCCAAGUUUAGGGAGGCACUAAACAAACGGUUUCCAUGGAUACUCUGCUGCUGCGGUUUCUCGGAAAAAGAAAAAGAGACUGUGUCGGCGGCGGCGAUCGAAACCAAGUCGAAGAUGAACCGGAUGGACAGCGUCAACAGCGCGGCAGUCGGCGGCACCCAGAGCCAGAUGAGCGAGAUCAGCAACUUGGACAGUGACGUGGCUGACGAGCCGGAGCCAGCCGCCAGAGCCGGCAUGAAGAUGAAGAACAUCGCAGCCAGGAGUAGCGCCCAGGCUCAGCAGGACAACUCGGCUCUAGUCAAGGACAUCAUGCAGGCGUUAGCUGGCGCCAUGGCUGCUGCCCAGAACGGCGGUCCGCAGAUACCGACGUAUCCCGCCCCCCAGAUGAUGGCAGGACAAGACCCACAACAGAUGCAACAGAUGAUCUACGCCAUCUCACAAGGGAUAAUGAACAACGUUAACGGUCAGAUUCACCGACCGAUGGGAGUUGCCGGACCUGCAGCGUCCCCUACGUCACCCGCUAACGUCAUCACCACCCAAGCUGACGUCUCCGGCUGCCACACAAACACGGCCUUCCAAGCCGACUAGAAUAAACUCAUACAAAAGAAAAAAAACACCUUAAAAAUAUAAUCAACACAUACCUUUUAAGUCUGCAGAGAAUCCAAACUUUAAACUAUUUUGGUCUACAAUGAAAACUAUUAUUAAA